CGAUUCGGUCCAUGUAGCUGAUGAUUUAUAUAAGAUCUACAUGAAUAGUUAGCUCGCACUUCACCGUUUGCAGCGAGAUAAAUCGCAUAAAGUUCAAUUGUCAAUUUUAUCUGGAAAAAUAGCCAGUUUAGUCAGAAUUUGAAGAUGGCAUCUCUUCCACCAGCAAUCAGAAACCCAGAAGUCAAAUAUACUCAGAUAUUUAUUAAUAAUGAGUAUGUGAACUCUGUCAGUGGCAAAACUUUCGAAACUAUUAACCCAACCAAUAAACAGAAAAUUAUUGAUAUACAAGAGGGAGAUAAGGCUGAUAUUGAUAAUGCAGUUAAAGCUGCCCAAGAAGCUUUCAAACUUGGAUCACCAUGGAGAACAAUGGAUGCCAGUAAACGUGGAAGACUUCUGUACAAGCUAGCAGACCUGAUUGAACGAGACUUGGCAAUUUUAGGGAGCUUAGAGACGAUAGAUAAUGGUAAACCAUAUAAAAAUGCGUGUGGUGAUGUUUUAUUUGCUAUCGACGUCAUCAGAUAUUAUGCUGGCUGGGCUGACAAAAUCUGCGGCAAAACCAUUCCAAUCAAUGGCGAUUUUUUCUGUUAUACUCGACAUGAGCCAGUUGGAGUUUGUGGACAGAUUAUUCCAUGGAACUAUCCAUUUAACAUGUUCAUAUUGAAAAUAGCUCCAGCUCUGUCAGCAGGUUGUGUAUGUGUAGUAAAACCAGCCGAACAAACACCAUUGACAGCUCUUUACGCUGGCUCUCUAAUAAAGGAGGCUGGAUUUCCCCCUGGGGUAGUGAAUAUUGUACCUGGGUACGGCCCUACAGCUGGAGCUGCUCUGACACAUCAUCUGGGUGUCAAUAAAAUAGCUUUUACUGGUUCUACAGAGAUUGGACAGAUAAUUAUGCAGGCUUCUGGAGUUUCUAAUCUGAAAAGAACAACAUUAGAAUUGGGAGGAAAAUCACCAAACAUCAUUCUUUCUGAUGUCCAUUUGGAUUCUGCUGUAUUUUGGGCUCACGCUGCCUGUAUGGAGAAUAUGGGACAAUGUUGUGUAGCUGGAACCAGAACAUUCGUACAUGAAUCUAUUUAUGAUGAAUUUGUCAAGAAAAGUGUACAACUUGCUAAUAGUCGAGUUGUCGGAGAUCCUUUUGAUGAAAAAACACAGAAUGGUCCACAGAUUGAUGCUGAACAGUAUAAUAAAAUAAUGGAACUAAUAGAGAGCGGGAAGAAACAGGGUGCGAAACUAGAAUGUGGGGGACAAAUUCAUGGUGAUAAGGGGUACUAUAUUCAACCCACUGUUUUCUCAAACGUUUCUGACGAUAUGAGAAUUGCCAAGGAAGAGAUAUUUGGCCCAGUUCAGCAGAUAUUUAAAUUUAAAGAUAUUGAUGAGGUUAUUAAGAGAGCCAAUGAUACUCAUUAUGGACUGGGGGCAGCUGUUUUUACCAAGGAUAUUAAUAAAGCUUUGACCAUUGCUAAUAGUAUCCAAGCUGGUACUGUUUGGAUUAACUGCUAUUUAGCUGUCACAGCUCAGGCUCCAUUUGGUGGAUACAAAAUGUCAGGAAUUGGCAGGGAAUUUGGUGAAUAUGGUCUAUCACAAUAUCAAGAAGUCAAAAAUGUGGUUGUCAAAUUAGACCAAAAGAAUUCUUAAAUUCUUCAUAGUUACUGGUUAAUGAUGAUUUUAAUGAGGCCUUGAAAACUUUACUAUAAUUUUAAUCAUGUUUUAUGGGAAAUUCUAUAUUUUGAUAUGCUAUGGGAACGGGGCCUUGGAAUUUUCAUUAUAGUUUUAAAUUGUGUUUCAAUGGAUGAUAUAUUAAUAUGACAUAUUAACACUCUCUUAACCAAUGGAAAAUUAUAUAUUUUUAUACAGAAUCGGAACUGUUAGAUUUCUCUACACAACUGAAAUUUAACUGAGAAAUACUUUACAUAAAAAAAUGCAAAAUAAACAUUAUUUGAUAAGAUAUAAACCCCAAUGCCAAAAUAACAGAUGUUGUCUCUCAGGAGUUGACACCUAGUUGCAAGGCUGGAUAUAAGUUGACAGACACCGAAAAACACCUCUAAUCUAACAAAUGAGCUCUUCCAAUCAAUAGUUCACUAAAAAGUAGGGGGAUGUCAAAUAGAUGAUUGGUACAUGAUAUCCAGCCUUGCCUAAUUGAUAAACUAGUUUAUGUAUUACCCAAAAUGUGUGUAUAUUUGAUUCACACCAUUGGCAACUUCAGGGCUUUCUGUUCUGCAUUAUGGGCAUGAUUGAUUGUCAUCUUCACAAUGUCUGGCUAUUCUGAUAUUGUCUAAUACCUUGACAACAUAAGGCACUUUUCUUGUUUCACAGAGAUUUGUUAAUGCAGAGAUUUGAUUUGAUUGUACAAUCGGGAAUAAGGAGAGUGUCUAUUGAUGUCAAGGUAUUAGAUGUAGCUCGUAAUACCUUGAUAUUGUGAAGAGGGUUUGUAGGUAAUAAGAUUUUAUAAAUAUUAUAAGGGAUUCAUUAUAAAUAGUUUGUUAAGAGUUAGAUUGUUAUGUUUAAGUUUUGAUUUAACAAAAAAUUACUUGAAAAUAAAGUUUUAAAAUCAAAUG